CGGUCCUGAACAGCAACAGGACCCAGAGGUGCCCUAGCCUAUCCCCGUGAGUCCUCACUCCCACCCGGCUCUUAGCCCCUUCCCCGCUGCAACCAUGUCCAACAACAUGGCCAAGAUCGCCGAGGCCCGCAAGACGGUGGAACAGCUGAAGCUGGAGGUGAACAUCGACCGCAUGAAGGUGUCGCAGGCGGCGGCCGAGCUCCUGACCUUCUGUGAGGCUCACGCCAAAGACGACCCGCUGGUGACACCAGUGCCCGCCGCCGAGAACCCCUUCCGCGACAAGCGCCUCUUCUGCGUCCUGCUGUGAGCGUACCCGACAGCUUACCCUCCGCUCCCGAAGUAUGAAUUCAAUAAACGUGACGACUGUG